AAAAUUGGUUAGUUUCAUUCACAAUUUGAAAGCAAUAAUGUUAUAUAUUAGUGUGCUUUUUUAAGUCUACAUUUUUUUUAAUGAGAAAUUUCAACUUUUGGACUAAGAAUGCACUGAUGGAGAAAUUGGAAUUGAAACCGGCAAAGGUGAGGUGCUAGGUAUGCGUCCCCGAAUCCCCAUUAAUCCAUUUACCCCAAUUGUUCUUCUUCGUGCUUGGUUGCUUGCUGCUCACUUCGUCACCCGCUACCACCACCCUCCUCUGCCCUUUGCCAUCUUCACUGCUUCGUGCUGCUUGCUGCUCACCCACCACCACCACUACGACCACGACCACGACGCAGCCACUCUUCCUCACAGCCUCAGUGCCUCUGUCCUCUUCCAUCCGCUUCUUCGCCGUGCUUACCCACUACCGCACCCCAUUCUUCUAUUCACUUACCUUCCAAUACCCACUACUCAAAAUCCCUAAUCUUCUCCCAAAAUCCCCAGCGACUCACUCUGUUACACACACUCCCUCCCUCCCUCCACGCAUUUGAACCUCUUUCUCAAGCAUUCAAACGACGGCAACUACUUUCUCCAGCAUUACUCCCAUCCUUUCACUGCGGCUGCUGUGCUCUCUACUCCCCCAGUCUCGAUUUAUGUUGGGUAGCCUCUGAUAAAAGUGUACUUGUCUAAUGGAUGAGAAAGUUAAGAAGUCAAAGACUGAAGAAAUCUGUUUGGAGCCAAAUGACAGGAAGAAGGAUAAGCACAUGAAGAAAAAGAAAAAACACCAAAAUGAUAAAGCACUCAAUUCAGAUAAAAUUCUUGAGGGAAAUUGUAUUGAUGAUGAUGCUGAGAGACAGGCUUGUUCCAAUGAUAAAUUUACGAGGAAUAAGGAAGAGGAUGGGAACAUUAGUAAGAAGUUGAAGAAAAAAAGGAUAAAGGACACUGAAGUGUUACAUAAUGCAAUUGUUGAUGAUAAAAUAUUGCAGGUAAUGGAUGACAACCAAAAAAGCAAGAGGAAGAAGAGAAACAUUUGCAGUGAUUCAUUAACUGCAAUCCAAGAAAUAGGUUCUUCAAAACCAAACAAAAGAGGGAAAGUUGUUGGGGAUUACGAAUUCAAGGACCAUGAGGGUGAUCCUCCUUUGGCCAGAAUCAGCACUGGAGAUGCUAAUGCACAUUCACUUGUCAAUGAAGUUGAUGAUCAAGGUAAGAAGACGGAGAAGAAUAAGAAGGAACUGAGAGAAAAGGGUGAUUAUUUUGUCGUUCCUAGUGACCGGCAAGACAAAGAGACAGAGAAGGUAAUUAUUAAUAAAGUGAAAUGGAUUGAAGAAGAAGACUGCAAAACCAAUAAAGGUGAAGAUCGUCAAGGCAAGAAGAUGAAGAAGAAGAAGAAACUGAGAAAUAAAAACAAAAGUAAGUUUGAAAGCACUGAAGAUGAUCAAAAUUGUGCUGAAGCCAAUGAAGGUGAUGACAAUAACCAAGGCAGGCAAAGGAAGAAGAAAUUGAGCAAUAAACGAAAAAGUAAGGAUAAAAGUGAGUUUAAAAGCAGCAAAGAUGAUCAACAUUGUGCCAACGACAAUGAAGGUGAUGAUGAUAACCUGGGCAAGAAGAUGAAGAAGGGUAAACAGAGUGAAGAAAGCAAAAGUAAUGAGAGCAAUGAAGUUAAUGAUCAAGGAAAGAAGACGAAGAUAAACAAGAAAACUAAGGAAGGCACCACAUCCAAACGCAAACGAGUAACAUUUUCUGAUCAGGUGGAGGUCUGUGGUGAUGGCUUAAUACGGGGGCAAAGGUAUACGAAUGAAGAAGAUGAAAAAAUUAAACAGGCUGUUUUCGACUAUAUAGAGACUCACCAAUUGGGGGAUGAAGGUCUUGAUAUGGUUCUUAAUACUAGAUAUCACCCUCAACUUAAAAAUUGUUGGAAGGAAAUUGGAGUAGCCUUGCCCCAUAGGCCUUACAUGAGUGUAUAUUAUCGUGCUCACAUUUUGUUUACAAGGGAUGAGAAACACACUUGGACAGCUGAAGAGAUAGAGUUUUUAAAGAAGACAGUCGAACAACAUGGAUCUGAUUUUAAAUCAAUAGCCGAGGCAAUGGGUAAAAAUCGACUUCAUGUAAAGGAUCAAUGGCGUAGAAUAAAAAUGACCAGAAAGAGAGGAGCAUGGUCUCAGGAGGAGUAUCAAAAGGUAUUUGAUUUGGUAAGCGUUGACCUACGUGCAAGGGCUUUAGAAGACACUAGGAAUAAAAAGCAUGGUAUGUUGCGAGAUAAUAUUGGUUGGGAGGCAAUUAGUGACAAAUUGGGAACUAGAUGGAAUGGAGGAAUUUGCCAAAAGUGGUAUUCUCAACUAACAUCUCCUAUGGUUGAUCAAGGUAUUUGGAGUGAUACUGAUGACUACCGCUUGGUAGAUGCCUUAUUUAGCUUGGAUGCUUGCAGCAUGGAGGAGGUAGACUGGGACAAUUUGCUUGAGCAGAGGGAUGGUGAGUUAUGCAGAAAACGAUGGAAUCAAAUGGUUCGAUAUAUUGGAGAGCAUGGGAGAAAGUCAUUCAGUGAGCAGGUGGAAAUUCUUGCAAAAAGAUAUUGCCCUGAUUUAUUGGAAGCAAGAGAAGCCUUUGAUAGCAAACCUGUCAUUUGUGGACGCUCUUGCGAAAAUAUAUUACCCUGAUUUAUUGGAAGCAAGAGAAGCCUUUGAUAGCUAAGCUGUCGUUUGUGGAUGUUGUUAUUUUGUCAGGUGAUUUUCCUGGGGUUAACUGACUUUUUCUAAAACUGAAAUGUAAUAGAUGGCAGUUAUAAUGCUUUUGUGGGAUCAUUAUAGCCUUUAUUCUGCAUAUCAAGAGCUUUAUUUUCUAUUGGAGUGAAUGAUAGUAUUGUUUUCUUGUGUAAAA